AUGGUGAGCGUUGUGAAGAAGGGGCGGCUUGGUACGCUCACGGCACACCCAGCAGCGCACACCAACGCACAACUCCGUGCCAACUGCAAAAAAUGCGUCGCAGACGACGAGGCGCCAGCGGCGCCGGCGCCGGAGCCGGCUGCCGCAAGGGCCGCUGUCGGGCGCAGCCACGCUGAUGUGGCAGAGGCGCCCGCGGCGGCGGCGUCGCUGCAGCAGCUGGCCGCGCAGGUGGAGGCGCGUGUGAUGGCAGCCAUGCAGCAACAGAUCGUCCAGGCAGUCGCAAUUGCGGUGGCCGAAGCGACCGCCGCCUCUAAACCCGACCCAGGCGCCGCUGCGGCGGCGGCGGGCGCGGCGGCAGCGCAGGAGCAGGUGCUUGGCGUCGUGCUGCGCAAGGCCGAGGCCGCGGGCCGCGCGGCUGCGGGGGCGCGGUCCGAGCUGCUGGCGCGCGUGGCAGAGCUGGACGGGCGGCUGCGGGGGCUGGAGCUGGGGCGCGACGGCGCCGACGAUGCAGCUGCCGCGGCGAUGGAGGGCCGCGUCGCCGCCCUCGAGGCCGCCUCGUCGACCGCGCGCGGCGCCGAGGCGCGGCUGGCGCGAGAGCUGGGGGGCUUGUCCAGCACUCUGCGGGGCCUCGAGGCGAGGGCUGAUGCGGCGCAAGAGGGCUUCGGCGAGCUGCGGGAGGGGCAGUGGCGGCUGCAAAGCGAGCUCGCGGCGGGCAGCGAGGCCGCGGGCCAAAACCUUUCGGGGUUGCUGGCGCGGGUGGAGGGGCUGGAGGAGCGGGCGGCGGGGUGGAUGGCUGAAAUGGAUGCACGGCUGCUAGCCAUUGAGCAGCAGCAGGAGCAGCAGCAGCAGCAGCAGCAGCAGCAGCAGGAGCAGGAGCAGGAGCAGCAGCAGCAGCAGAAGGAGCAUCGGCAAGAGGAACUUGCUGCGGGCACGAGCGGCCGGCACAGCAUCGCCGGGGCAGCGCGUGCAGCGGCCCAUGGCGCGGCGGCCGCUGCCGCCUUUGCCGCGAUGAUCAGCGGCGGCGGCUGCGCCUUGAUCGAGUGCGCGGCGAUGGCCCCCAGCACGUCGGAGACGGCGACGCCGCGCGCGUGCGCGCCGGCGCGGUCGUCCUGGCGGCAGCCGCGACCAUUUGGGCGGGGGGAGCCCAGCAGCUUUGGCAGCGGUGGCGGCGGCGGCGGCGAAGUCGACUGCAUCGAGCCUGUUGAGGCUGAGGACGCGCUUUUGCGGCUCGAGGCGCGGCUGGAUGGUGUUGAGGGGGGCCUUCGUGAGCUGAGGGAGGCUGCGCCGCUGGACGCGCUCACCGCAGGCGCGCUGGAGGCGAGGGUGGCGAUCCUUGAAGACGAGUUUUUGGAGAGGCAGCGACGGGCGGAUGCUGUGGAACAGCAGAAGGAGCAGCCGCAGCAGCAGGUUCAAGAGCGGGAGCAGCGGGGGCGCGGUGACAUGAGAGACGCGCUCGAGCAGCCGGAGGCGGCGCCCGAGCCGGGCGCGCCCGGCCGUCGCGCCGGGUCGCUGAGGGCGGUGGAUGCGUUUGAGCAGCACCUGAACGCCCUCCUCAGCCACUUUGACCCUGGAGACGUGGGCGCCGCCCCCGCGCCGGCGGCGGUGCAAGCGCCCGUGCCUGUGCAACCAGGGCAGCCGCGACGUGACGCUCGUGGGCCGGAAGCGGCGGGUACGGCGCUGGUGCCCGGAGCAGAGCUGGCGCAACUGGGCGAACAGGAGCUGGUCGGGUUUGUCGACCGAGUGGCUGCGCUGGAGGCGGCCGAUGCAGCCUUGGGCAGGAAGGGGGCCAGCGCCGGAGCGGCAGCGGACGACGACGUGGACGCCGGCGCUGGCGGUGAUGGGCGGCGUUCGCGGAUCGUCCGGCUGGAGGAAGACCUUGAGGCGGCGCGGCGCGAGCAGGCGGCGCGGGCGGGCGCGGCGGAGGAGCGGGCGGCCGAGGCGGAGCUGGAGCUGCAGCAGCUGCGGGACGGGCUGUCGACGCUGGCGCUCGAGGGCGCUUGA